AAUUUAUGAAUACGACAUGUAACUGGAAAGUUAUGCAUUUUUGACUCUGAUAUGGCAGACUGUUGAAUUCAACUUCCGUCGUUUGCAGUGUACAUUUGAUUUCGCAUUUCUUGCUCGCUAUAGCCUAUUUACUUUUCAAACUCACUCGUUUGACAGCAGGUGAAUAGCCAGCCUACACACCGAGGUCGAUAGAUAAUUCACGGUUUACACUGGGUACGUCAAAGCACAGUUCUGUAGCUUUCCACUGCCUCCGUGUUCAAAUCCAUCGUCAUGACUAAGCUUCUCCAGUGGCUGUUGGGCGCCUCUGUGUUUGGGGUUGCCUGGGGGCUUGUGGUCCUUGACUUGAUGAACCUGAGGUUGCCCCGGGCGUACAGGGAGGUGGCCUGGCCCAUGCCCGUGUAUCUCCUGGUGGUGUUCGGGUGCUACUCCCUGGCCACCGUCGGGUACAGAGUGGCCACCUUCAAUGACUGCAGAGAGGCAGCCAAGGAGCUACAGGCUCAGAUCCAGGAGGCCAAUCUCGACCUUCAGAAGAAAGGACUGAAAUUCUGACCCAGAGUGCUCCUGGGGGAACACUGAGGUCUCUUUCCCCUCUCAGAUACCCUGGUUUCAGCAGGGUGUUGGACAUUGUGACCCUGACUAAUACACACUGACAAAUACUCGCGCUGUAAGACUGAUUAAGGUGCAAUACUGUGAAUGUGUCUGGUUUAAUUGUUGAACUCAACACAUGAAUCAUGUUGAAUGUUGUUUUUACCUGUUGCGGGCCUGUUUUGUUUCAAAUGGGAAUUUUUGUGGGGGAGACUGGGUGGGGUAGGGUGUGGCGGGGCAGGAUGUGCAUGUGAUUUAACUCCUUAAGGUUUAGGUAUAUUUCAGUGGUGUACGCUCCUGAUCAAUGAGAUCCACAGUCCUGAGCGCUUUCCAGCUUCCUUUUAGCCAGCUGCUGAUUGACACCUGGAACAACCAGUCAACUGAGUUCUAGUCCAGUCGGUCAAAUCAAUUUAGCUGUAAAGACCUCUGUUGGCAGGAAGGCCAGAAACUCAUUAGUUCCAAGAGUGGUGGCCAGUAGGCUGUAAAUUUGCUAUGGGAGGAUGAGCAAUGUAAUUGGUGGAACUGCCACGUGCUGUCAGUUCCGAUGAAAAGACUUUCCUCUCCGAAGCAAAUUGCUGACUGGUUCAUCACCUCACUCAUUAAAAAUCUGAUGGUUCCACUCGGCUUGUGGUUCAUGGAGCUUUACCCUCCCAUCACUGCCACAGAUAGUCUAUGCAGAACUCACCUUUAAACUCAAAACGGCUCUGGACCUACAUUCCUCUUAUUAGCAAAGUCACCAAUUUAACAGGUCAGCUCUCUGCACCUUUUCACUCAGUUAUCUGUUGUUUAUCCUGACUACCUGUAUUCACCAGAAAACAAUCGGUAAUUAUAAUAGAUUUUGGGCUAUUUGUCAGUUAGAUUCUGUCAAUUAUGUUUAUUAUAAUAAAGAAACUGCAGUAAAAAAAA